ACUAAUGGGUGACACUGAAAGGCAGCUCAGAUGGGCACUGAUAUGUGGCAUUGAUGUGCACUGGUAGGCACUGAUAUGUGGCAUUGAUGUGGCACUGAUGGGCACUGGCAGGUGGCACUGAUGGACACUGACAGGUGGCACUGCUGGGGCUACACAGAUCAUCAGGGUACACUGAUCAUUACAUGUCGAUUACCGGCUCUCCUCUCCUCACGAGCCGUCAGCAUGACAGCUCGUGAGGAGAGAAAUGCCGAUAACCGGCAAUUCUCUGUUUACAUGUUAUCAGCUGUGAUUGGACACAGCUGAUCACAUGACCGAGCCGACAUCUUCGGC